AUGGACACCACCUCUCCCAUUGACUCCAACGUCUCCCUAUCCUCUUCCUCCUCCGAUCCGUCCUCUUCCCACGAUGCUGUCUCCGCUCUCCUUUGCCACACCGCUCGUGGUCCGCCUCCUCCUGCUGUCUCGGCGUCGCAGAUCCAAAUGGUGAACAUACGUGCCCACACUCUGGAUCUCGCCGACAACAACUACGCUCAAUGGCGCCGCUUCUUCGACACCGUUUUCGGUAAAUUCAGCCUUCAUCAUCAUGUCGCUGCUCCUGGCGCCCUCCUCCACGACGACCCAGACUGGGUCAUGUUCGAUCAAAGCAUCGUGAAUUGGUUCUACACCACCAUCUCCAACGACAUGCUCAAGAUAGUCAUGCAAUCCGACGACGACGCCUUCACUGUAUGGAACGCCAUCGAAGGCGUCUUUCGCGACAACAGGCUCACCCGCGCCAUCUACCUCGAGGCGGAGUUUCGGACCCUGCAGCAAGACGACAUGACCAUCACGCAAUAUUGCACCCGCCUCAAAACUCUAGCCGACCAGCUUCGCGACGUCGGGCAACCAGUCAAGGAGGACAACCAGGUGAUUAAUAUGCUCCGUGGCCUCAACCCCAAAUAUCGCCAUGCGAUAUCUGCCAUUACCUCCCACGAUCCCCUCCCUUCUUUUUCUCGAGCUCGGUCUCAUCUACUGCUCGAAGAAAUCAACAAAGCCCAAGAGGAGAAACAGGUUGCUGCUCAGGCGCUAUACGCUGGUCGUGGCUCUGCCUCAUCCAGUUCUGCUGCUGGUUCGGACGGUGCCUUUGCUACCGGUUUUGGGCGCACCAAAAACGGGAAGAAGAAGGGCAAACCGAACCAACACUCUAUUGGCAUCACCACUCCACAGCAACGCGGCCCCGCUCCAUCCCCGGCGCAGUGGCAGGCCGGCUUCAAUCCAUGGACAGGAAUGGUGCAGGCUUGGCCAAUGCCCUUCCGCGUCCCCGGUGCCGGUCUGCUUGGGCCUCGUCCAGGAGCUCCAACCCAACAGGCGUACACGGCACAUGCCCAUGAUGCAUCUCAGGGAGUGCCCACGCUACCGUCGACUCCUUAG